UUUUAACCGAGUUCCUGCGCAAAUAGAUCUUCAGCGACGUAAAGAUGCCCCGAGCGCAACUUUGCUCACAAGGCGCCUUUGGCCGCUUCUUCAGUUGCAUGACACUCAUAGGAAGUCUUAUCCUCAGUUCUUCGCUUGUUAAUGCUGUGGCCGUGCCACCAGUCCGUACAGAAGUGGGAAUUUCGUCAUAUUUUUUCGACCUUAGUCAAGUUCAAUUGAGUGACAGUCGCUGGCUUGACAAUCAAAAUCGAACGCUUACUUAUAUCAAAUGGGUUGAUGUUGAAAGAUUGCUCUAUGUAUUCCGGUCAAGCCAUAAGUUAUCGACGAAUGGGGUGUCGUCGAAUGGAGGCUGGGAUGCCCCUACGUUUCCAUUCCGGUCGCAUAUGCAGGGCCAUAUCCUAACCGCUUGGGCGCAAUGUUGGGCGACACUUCAGGACACGACAUGCCGCGAUAGAGCGACAUAUUUCGUUGCCGAAUUAGCUAAAUGCCAGGCGAACAAUGCGAAGGCUGGAUUCGCAGCAGGUUACCUAUCAGGCUUCCCGGAGUCCGAUUUCACGCUUCUAGAAACCGGGAAGCUUACCAAUGGCAACGUGCCGUACUACGUCAUUCAUAAAACCAUGGCUGGUUUGCUCGAUGUUUGGCGUCAUAUUGGAGACAAUAAUGCAAAGACCGUCUUGCUUUCCCUAGCAGGAUGGGUUAACCAGCGGACGGCCAAGCUAAGUACGAGUCAGAUGCAGAGUGUCAUGAACACGGAGUUCGGUGGUAUGAACGACGUACUUACGGAGAUCUAUUACUGGACAGGUGAUAGUCAGUGGUUGACGGUUGCGCAACGUUUCGACCAUGCAGCUGUAUUCAACCCUCUAGCAUCGAACCAAGACAAGCUUGACGGCCUCCAUGCCAACACUCAAGUUCCUAAGUGGAUCGGAGCAGCUAGAGAGUACAAGCAAACUGGCACAUCACGAUACCUUGACAUUGCGAGGAAUGCGUGGGACAUCACUGUGAACCAUCACUCUUACGCGAUUGGCGGAAACAGCCAGGCUGAACACUUUCAUGCUUCUGAUGCCAUAGCUAGAUAUCUGAGCAAAGAUACUGCCGAAGGUUGCAACACCUAUAACAUGCUGAAAUUAACGAGAGAGUUAUGGGCAACGAACCCGUCUGCCGAUUACUUCGACUUCUACGAGCGAGCAUUGCUCAAUCACAUGCUCGGCCAACAGAAUCCAAGGGAUAAGCACGGGCACAUAACAUACUUCACGCCUUUGAAUGCUGGCGCCACCCGGGGGGUUGGCCCCAUACCAUAA